UACUUCCUAGGAGCCCUAUUCAGGGUUCUACACAAUUUUACCCUCUGAAUGUUUAGUUAUUAUUGUUGUCCUGGUUUUAAUUCUGUUGAUGUGUUUUAUUGUUUUGUGUAGUUACUAUGUUUUUAACUGAUUGUUCUGUGUUUUAACUUGUGCUGUUGGGCUUGUCCCCAUGUGAGCCGCCCCAAGUCCCUUUGGGGAGAUGGAGGCAUGAUACAAAAAUGAAAUUGUUGUUGUUGCUGUUGUUGUUGUUAUGGUGUUGGGUACACACCUUGGUACCUGUAGAGCAGAUCCUAAGAAUUUGGAUGGAACGGUCUUCAGUGGGGCAAAGUCAGAAAAAGGUCCUGUCUGGGCACCAUAAAGGAGUUGGGCCAUUGACUUGGCUUCAAAAUGUUUGAGUGCCGCGAGUAUAAAGUGCCCCCCUUUUGACCUCAGGUAUUUUAGUAUGGCGGACGAACUCCUGUGUGCAUUCUCAGCCACAUAGCCGCCGUGUGCUCUUCUGCUGCCGGAAGAGUGCAGGACUUCCACAGAUAUUUGAAACAUGGGACCUGCUCAAUUUUGUUUCCAUCUAUAUUCCAGUGGUGGAGCUUAGGUCCUUUGGCAGACACCACGAUUUUCGUUUUCUGAUAGUUGAGUUGUAACUGAUCCUCCCUACAAUAUUGUGCCAGUGCUUUCAAAGCUCUUCUGAGGCCUAUUGGUGUUCUUGAGAUCAGUGCUGCAUGGUCAGCAUAAAGUAGGGUGGAGAUCUGUCUCCCCACGAGUUUUGGAGGAUGAAAGUCCAUGUUGUGCAGUUGGUCCACCAAAGAGUUGAUGUAGAAGUUGAAUAAUGACAGGGCUAAGAUGCAGCCUUGUUUGACUCCUUUCUCUCUUCUAACUGCAUGGGUGAGGUGGCCUUGAGGGCUGCUUCUUAUUUUGAGAGAUGUCCCUUUGUGGAGUUGACGGAUAAGAUGGAGAAGCCGUCUGUCAAUUGAGGUGCCAUCUAAUGUUUCCCAUAAUUUGCUCCUAAAGAUGGACUCAAAGGCAGCCUUGAAGUCUAUAAAGGCUACAUACAAGGAUGCAGAGCUGUUGGUAGUGUAUUUUUCUAUCAGAUGCUGGAGAAUUAGGCAGUGGUCCACCGUGGACCGUCCUUCCUUAAAUCCAGCUUAUUCAUCGGCUAAUAUGCCUUCUUGGUCCAUCCAAUCCUGCAGUUUCCCUUUUAGAUGUCUAUUGUAAAAUUUACUGAAAAUGUUAAGAAGGCCGAUAGGUCUGUAGUUUACUGGAUCAUCUCUUUUUCCUUUUUCCUUUUUUUUUUUUUUUUUUGUAUAUGGGGACAAUGAUGGCCAUUCCCCAGUCCUUGGGAAUUUGUCAAUGCAGGUGAAAAGUGAUGCUAAAGAGAAGGCCCAGAAGUCUAGAUUGUUCUUGAUACCUUCCGAAGGAAUGAGAUCUUCUCCUGCGGCCUUCUUUUGCUGUAAUUGGUUGACAAGGCUCUUGCUCUCUGUCAGAGUGACAGCAGGCCAUGUUGGAAGAUUUUCCAAGUCUGGGGUGGAACGGGCAUUCCCACCAGUAUGAUCCUUAUAUAUGUCCUGAAAAUAUGCUUCUCAGGACCCUGAGGGGAUAUGGCUUUCCAUCGGGGGUGGACGUAGUUAGCUGUGCAUGAUAUGAUGUGCCAGAAAGUGGCUGAGUCUUUAGUUUGAACACCUUGUAUGAGCCGUGCCCAAUUGUUUUUCGGGUCUUCCCUUUUUUUAUGGGCCAACAGGAGCUUAUAGCGUCUCUUCUGGUGAAGAAGCUCUUGUGCCAUUAUUGCCAAAUUAUUAGACUGGAAAGCCUGGUAGGUGGAAAUUUUUUUGCAUGUAUGCAUUCCUUAUCAAACCAGUGUUUUUGAGUGAUAAUGAUGUUGCCUAUGUGGAACUGUGUUGGAGCUUCUUACCUGUUUUUGGAGCUCUUGGGUUAUUGAGUUAAAGUUCUCCAGAAGAGUAAGUAAGUAAGUAAGUAAAAGUUUAUUUGUAUACCGCCCUCUCUCCCGAAAGGGACUCAGGGCGGUUUCCAAUAUAAGAGCACUGGGAGAUGUAGUAGAUGUCACGCCAAUCCUUAGAUUCUGUAGCUGUUCCGUCACCAACAGUUCAGUAACUCUUUGGUUCAACCCUGGCGUCCAUUUGGCUCAACAGUUGGCUUUUCCAGCUGGUUGUGUGAUGGAUUGGUAGCAGUCCACCAUUUCUUGACUAGGAAUGGAUACUUCGAGAAGAACUGGGAAGACUUCCAGGUACUUGGCAUGUGGUAUUAGAUCCCUCAAUAUGCCAAUAUAAUCAAUGGCACUCAUUUUAUUUCCAGAGAGAUAGGUGAAUUCGGCUGGGUGGUCUCCUUCCAAGGCGCCAUUUAAUAUGUGGAGGUUUAGCCUGGCGGUUGUUUGAGCCAGGCAUAGUCCUGCAAGGUUUGAUUUCUGAUCCUUAGAUUGUCGCGUCAAGAGGUAUUGAUCACCUACAGGCUCAAGAGGGAGAGUCUUGUGUCGUCUGUGAAGAGAGAUGUCAUCAAGGCCCAUCCUUGCGUUGAAAUCUCCCCCCAGAACUACCAAGGCGGUUGGAUUUUGGAGUAUGAGUUCAGCAACAUACUUUUCCAAUUCCUUCCAUCAGGCUCUAGUCUGUGCUUUCCUCCUCGAUGGGGGUAUAUAUACAUUCAUUUUGGUUACUGGGAUUCAUUAAGUAGUUGGCCAUUUUGGGUAUUGGGAGAAUGAAGGAUACAUAGAGAAGGCAGCCAUCUUGGAUAUUGGGAGAAUGAUACAUUAAUAAGUAGGUCAUCUUGGAUAUUGGGAAUGGAAAGCCAUCUUGGAUAUUGGGAGAAAAAAAUAUUUAGGGGGUGGCCAUCUUGAAUGUUGAGAGAAGAGGGGAUAAAUUAAUAAGUCUGGUUUUCUUCCCAUUCGUCUGGCAGGUAACUUGUGAAGGAGACCCUGUGAGAGCCUUGCCCUAGGGAUGCCUUGGGACUGAAAGAAAGGCUCACCGCACUGGCAAGAACGAGGAAGAAGUAGGAGGAAGACGUAUUUGAACUGGCAUCCUUGGAGGAAAGAGAGGAUUGUGCUGUCAAAAGAAGGGCUUGGAAAGAGACCAGAAGGCUACGAGAAGAGGAAAUCCUGUGCUGUUCAGGAGUCCAUAUCUGUGAAUUUCUGGCAUAAUAUUUGAAUCAUAAAUUUAAAAGAAUGGAAAAUCUUCAUCCCAGUUCCACAUCACAUACAGGAGAGAAGCUGCAUAAGUGUAUGGACUGUGGGGAAGGUUUCAUGGGGAGACAAUCUCUUACUAGACAUCAACAAACUCACACAGAAGAGAAGCCUUAUACAUGCGUGGAAUGUGGAAAGAGCUUCAGUCUGAGUGGACAUCUGCGUUCCCAUCUAAGGACCCACACAGGGGAGAAGCCACAUCAAUGCAUAGAAUGUGGAAGGAGCUUUAGUCAGAGUGCACAUCUCCGUUCCCAUCAAAGGACUCACACAGGGGAGAAGCCAUAUCAAUGCGUGGAAUGUGGAAAGAGCUUCAGUGAGAGUGGAGCUCUGCGUUCCCACCAAAGGACCCACACAGGGGAGAAGCCACAUCAAUGCAUGAAAUGUGGAAAGAGCUUCACUCAGAGUGGAGUUCUGCGUUCCCAUCAAAGGACGCACACAGGGGAGAAGCCAUAUACAUGCAUUGAAUGUGGAAGGAGCUUCAGUCAGAGUGCACAUCUGCGUUCCCAUCAAAGGACCCACACAGGAGAGAAGCCUUAUCAAUGCAUGGAAUGUGGAAAGAGCUUCAGUAAGGGUGCACAUCUGCAUUCCCACCAAAGGACCCACACAGGGGAGAAGCCUUAUCAAUGCAUGGAAUGUGGAAAGAGCUUCAGCUGGCGUAACAAUCUGCAUUCUCAUCAAAGGACCCACACAGGGGAGAACCCAUAUCAAUGCAUGGAAUGUAAACAGAGCUUCAGAUGGAUUGGACAGCUGCAUUCCCAUCACAGGACCCACACACAGCUAGAGGAAGAGACCUGCCUUUGAGUUUCCUUCUUCUGUUAAAGAAAUCCCCCAAACAAUGGUCCCAUCCCCCACAGGCAGGCAAAGCAUGGGAGAAUGGAAGCAAAGAGGAAAGCUGCCACCUUGUUCGCUAUCUGUCAUUAAUGGAGCAGCUCUUGAAUAUUUUAUUUAAAGACCCUAGAAAUCCCUUACCUAGAUGACCCUUACUCAAAAAUCUUGUUUUUCCAUGAAAGUGUUGACAGGACAUGUUCUGCCUGACAUUUGCUCUUUGCUCACAAUAUAAGGUCAUGCAAACUGCAGUAAUGAUGUGGCUGCUGGAUGGUCCAUACGUGGGAUGAACUAUGAACAUGUCACCUGAGGAUAGUGCAUACGUGGAGCAAACUAUGGACACUUCACCUGAUGUGAUGAGUAAUGAGUUAUAUAAGUUACAAGGCAACUACGCAUGUCCAAAAGGAUUAUAAUAGUCAGCAAAUUCCAUUGUCAGUUAGCUUUCUGUGCAUGCUUCUGUAAAAUUGUAUAAAUUGUAAAAUUGUAUAAAUUGGAAAGCCACUACAGGUAAGGGGUGGCAUUGCGUUUUCUAGGCAUUAGCUAACAUUGUCACCUGCUCUUGGCCAAAAGUAAACUAUCUUGAAGAGAA